GGAAGCAGCUCUGGAAUCUGGCCAUUGGGAAUUUAAUUUCGAUAGGUGUAUAAAAAUAACAUAAGUUUCUAUUCAGAUUAAAAUUAGUUAAACUAAGGGACAGCACGUAUGCCGUAUUUCUGUUGUCAGUGUCUUAAUCUAGAAUCAAAAUACUGCAAUCAUCAGGUUGAGACAUUUUAAAAUGUCAAAAAUCAACGGAGUUCUGCUUGAUAUCACUGGCGUGUUAAAAGAAGGGGACUCACCAAUAAAGAAUUCGGUUGAAGCUGUAGCAAGGUUGCGGGAGAAGGGCAUGAAAGUUAGAUUUGUCACAAAUGAAACGCAAGAAACUAAAAAGUCGCUUGUGUCACGUUUGUCGAAAAUGGGUUUCACCCUGACAGAGGAAGAAGUCAUCUCGCCUUGCCCUGCCAUGGCGCAUGAACUCCGGAGAACCGGACUUCGACCGCACCUGUUGGUUCACCCCACGGUUCUGGAGGAGUUCGAUGGUGUGAGCACGGAAAAUCCAAACUGCGUCGUAAUAGGAGACUGCGCUGAACACUUCAGCUAUGAAAACAUGAACAAAGCCUUCCGUGUCUUGAUCAACAUGUCUGAACCUCUACUGUACUCGCUUGGCAAGGGGAAAUAUUUCCGGGAGGACGGGGAAUUGGUCUUAGACGUUGGAUCGUACGCCGCUUGCCUUGAGUACGCCACCGGUGCAAAGUCAAAAAUUGUUGGGAAACCCGAGCCAACAUUUUUCCAGACAGCGCUGGACAUGAUGCAAAUCAAAGCCGAAGAGGCUGUGAUGGUUGGUGAUGAUCUGGUUUCUGACGUUGGUGGCGCACAAGGUUGUGGCAUCAAGGGAAUUUUGGUGAGGACAGGAAAGUUCAGACCUGCUGACGAACGUCAUCCAGAGGUAAAACCUUUCUUUAUUGCGGAUGAUCUGCACCAUGCUGUGAAUCAUAUUAUAUCGCUGCUGUGAACUACCAAUAUCAAUAUUUUUGAAAGUAAUUAUGUCUAUAUAUAUAUAUUAAAGAGACAUUUCAGUUUUUCUGUUGAGGGAAAACAAUUAAUGCUGCUCAUUUUGAGCUGAUUUUUUGUUAACUUACAUCUUAAGCCAUAUGGUUCAAAGUUCAAACACAAAUAUUAAAAAUUAUUGUGAAACAUUUCUUAAUGUGAUAAAUUGUUAAAUAAAAUUUAUGCAUUCAGAGAA